GUUUUAGCUGAUGCUAACUUUUGGGCAACUAAGCUUGGUCAGAAAAAAGUGCGGACUUCUUGAAUUUCGGUGUUUGCUGGCAUUGUGUUUGUUCUCUGGUCGCUGCUCGCCAUCUCCCGCGCUACUGUUGCUGUAUCACUACAACAGAUGUGAAGUUUGGGUGCUAGGCUUUGGAGAAACGCAUGGUUUUGCAAGUUUUAGAGCUUUGGUUUUCUGGGUCUCAGCUGAAGACAACCAGUACAAGCUGCUUGCUCGAGCUGGGAGACAGGUCCAGGGAGUUUAUUUAACAACGAGCCUGGACCAGGAGGGUAUAAAGAAGGCUGUGCAAAGAGUACCAUGCCGCGUCCCUUGAGCCUGAACACACAGGAGGAAUUUCAACACAAGAGAGACACUCCAGUUCCCUAACUAAGUGAACUGCACCAUGCUGAAACGACACUACA